AGAACGACCAACCUGCACAUUCAGCAUAACUACCCAAAGCUAUCUCAUCACACUGUCCGGGAGAAUAUCGUCCGAUCAUCCAAGGGCAAUUCGGUCUAUUAUUUGUAAGGGCUUCAAAGCGCAUCGCUUUGUCCAAGAUUUCGAAAACCCGUCGUGUCUUUGUUCUUCGAGGACCUCAUUUAUCUUCAGCACACCGCUACAUAAACCACCAGCCCCCUCAUUUUCAAACUCACGACCACUUAUCAUCAUCAUAAUACGGACUCUCCCAAACCAAAAACCUUUCCAUCUUCCCAACAUCGCUUGCUGGUCAAGCCAUUUAUCUCACAAAUUACGUCAUUCGCAUUCGCAUAGCAUAUCCGACUCAUACACACCUAGAACAUGGCAAUCGGUCAAACGGUGACGGUGGUCAAUAAGUCUGGCAAGGUUGUCAGUACUGGCAAACACGUCGUCAAGGUUUUCAAAGAGGCCAAGUCAGCAUACAGAGAACGCAAGGCCGAGAUUAAAGCCGUGCGCGAUGCAGACAUCGAACAAAAGCGUCUUCAGAAAACACUAGAAAAAUUUACGCUAGAAGACGAUCGUGCCUCACAAUCUUCUCGCCGUUCUCACACGUCAAGCAGAAGCAAGAGAUUGAAUCGCGAUCGACCACCCGUGGAACGUGGAUACUCGGACAGCUUCUACGCUAAUGAUAAAACAUCAACUCCGAGAAGCCGUCAGCAGUCGGGACUUCGCAAUGAAUUUGAUCCUGAUGGAGAGAGACAACACAACGAACUGGUCCGGAGGCACACCACCGACAUGGGUCAGGAAGUUCAACGACCAAGGACAUCACGCUCAGUAUCAGAAGCAGACAUCGACAUGGACCUCGCUUAUGGCGAAUUACCACCACCUCUGCCGGAACGACCACGAGACAACGAGAUCGAAUUACGGGAGAAGAUGACAAAAUUGCAGCAGCUGCUAGACGAGGCAAAUUGCGUCCAGCACUCUGUCAUCGCCACCAUCGAGAACCUCCAAAAGAAUCCUGACGCUUUGGCUGCUGUAGCGCUCACCCUUGGUGAAAUCAGUACCAUUGCAGGCAAAAUGGCUCCUGGUGUGUUGACGUCGAUGAAGACCGCAUUCCCAGCCAUCAUUGCACUACUCGCCUCACCACAAUUCAUGAUUGCUGCCGGCGUAGGUGUCGGCGUCACAAUAAUCGCAUUCGGCGGCUACAAAAUCAUCAAGAAGAUUCAAAAGCACAAAGAAGAUGCUGCCGAGCUCAAAAACGGAGGCCAACGUCGCAUCGAGGACAACGAAUCUGUAUCCGAAUACGACGAAUUAUACGAACUCGAUGGAGAUCUCGACCACAUAGAAGUCUGGCGCCGUGGUAUCGCUGACGCCGAAGCCCAAAGUCUUGGUACCAGUGUCGACGGCGAAUUCAUCACCCCGGAUGCUGGUAGGCAACUCGUCUCUGAAGGUGUGAUUCGACAAGAAGAUCUCAAGUCCAUGCGCUCGAGCAAGUCUCACAAGACUACAAAGUCAAAGAAGAGCAAAAAGGAUGCCAAGAGUGAGAAGGAGUCCACUGUUGGUAGCUCCAAGGACAAAGAGAAGCGUAAGAAGAAAGAACCGAGUGGGUUGAGGAUGCUGUUCAAGACACGCGCGUGAUAUUGGUGACUUGGUUUCUGUUUUUCUGCCAUACAAUUUGCUCUUUUGCUCUUGUUGAUUACCAGUAUUAAAGCAGAUACGAGUUAUGUUGUCUUGCUAAUUGUCCAUGUAUGUUUUGUCCUGUCCUACAGCGUAUUUAGCGGCAUUUUCAUUGUCCUCUCCAUCAUCACUCACCGAAUACAGCGCUAGUUCUUGUCUUGUCUUUCGAAGUACAAAACUGCUUUAUUG